AUGUAAAACCCCUAUGGAUACAAUGGAGGUUAGGCUAAUUAUAAUCAAAACCCAGCCAUUGACCAGAAUGGUUAGCAAUUUUAAAAUGGAAUUCCAGUUGGUUAUGCACAAGAUAGCAAUGUUCCUAUAAUGAUGGGAACGCCUUAAUAGCCAUAAUAAUAUCAGCAGCAGUAGUAUAAUCCUUACAACCCUAAUCCAUACCCCUAUGCUCAGCAACCUCCAACUCUAGUCGUUGUUAGGCAUCAACCUAAUACCUAUUAAACUUAUUUUGGAAGGUCAUCAACUCAUUUAUAAUGCCCAUUUUGCAAUAAACAAUCCCACACUAAAGUAAAUAGAGAAUCGACUACAGAAUAGGCUGUAGCUUGUAUCAUUCUAUGCAUCUGUGUACCUCCUUAUUGCUUUUUGCCUUAUCUAGUUCCAUCAUGCUUUAGGUAUAUACAUCGAUGUUCAAACUGUGAUAGAGUGGUAGGUGCGAAAGAUUUAGAUUGA